CAACAUUGUUUCUUCAUUUUUCUUGACAGAAAAUUGAGUGAAAAAAAUCGUCUCGUCAUCCGAGUAGCGAUUGUUUGAAGACGUGAAUAUUGACCGGUUCAAUAGAUUUCAGAAUGAGGGACGUCGCGAAAUAUCUCAACUCUAAGCAAAAUACCGUGGAUCAAGACUUGGCAGCAGAAUGGGCAAAACUUGAAAGUCUUUAUAACAAAAAACUAUGGCAUCAGCUUACCAUCGAGAUGCUCGAUUUCGUCAAACAUCCGAGUCUUCAAUCAAAUAAUGAACUUGUACAGCUAUACGAAAAUUUUGUGGCCGACUUCGAGAACAAAAUUAAUCUUCUGUCACUUACCGAGAUAUGUGCCAUCAUUGUGAAGCAAAUGGGGACUGUGGAAGAGCGCUUAGCUUUUCUCAAGCAGCUUCAAGAAAAAGUGAAGGCAAACAAAGAAGCAUUAGCUCUUUGUAAAGUCCUCAGUGGAGGCAUUAUUUUACAUGAAAAAGGAGAUCAAGUUGAAACUAAGAAUAUCAUGGAAGAAAUUGGCAAAAUCCUUGAUGAUACAGAUGGAGUGACUCCUGUUCAUGGAAGAUACUACUCUCUUUGUAGUGACUUCUACCGUAUUAAUGGCAAGCACGCAGAUUUCUAUCGUGCAUCCUUGAGGUACUUGGGUUGUAUUGAACUCACAAGUUUAAGCAAUGCUGAACAGAAGAGCCAAGCUUUUCACCUUGGUAUUGCUGCCUUGCUUGGAGAAGGAAUUUACAAUCUUGGUGAACUGUUGGCCCAUCCUGUCUUGGAAUCAUUGAAGGACCAGGAAGAGAGUUGGUUGGUCGACCUCUUAUUCAUAAUGAAUGCAGGAGAUAUUGCAGGAUUCCACAAACUGAGAUCAAAAUGGUCGUCACAAGCAGAUCUCGUCAACAAUGAACGACUUGUGCUGCAGAAAAUAACACUUUUAGCUCUGAUGGAGAUGACUUUCAAACGCCCGGCCACCAAACGCAAUUUGUCAUUCAAGGAUAUUGCUGCCAGCACAGGAGCCAGGGAAGAUGAAGUGGAGCUGCUAGUAAUGAAAGCUCUUGCGCAAGGACUCUUGAAGGGUACAAUUGAUCAAGUUGAUUCUAUUGCGCAUUUCACCUGGGUCCAACCUCGUGUUCUCGAUAAGAAACAGCUGUCCUCGAUGAUGACCAGACUAGAGAACUGGUGUAAGGAUAUCGAAUCGGUGGAAACUCUGGUAGAAACUAAAGCUGCCGAUAUAUUAACGAUGUGAAAAAUCAUUUCUCAUGAAUAAUAAACUUGUUUGGAAACGCCUUCAA